AUGUCACAACCAGAAGAGGAGAAUGUGGAAGAUGUGCAGAGAGCUCGAAAGGAGACGAUGGCUCUGCGGAAGCAGAUAAACGAACUAAUGCGACUCGGGACGACACUGGCUCGAGAGUCGGAAGGCCUUCCCAAAGCGGGCGCUGACUUCGAACUCUACAAUUCGUAUCCGACGUUCAACACUUUCAUGAAACGAUCCGAAGAACGACUGAAUGCUCUGUAAGUGAUAAUAUUCCAUGACGGCUGCUCAAGUGUACGUUCAGAAUAAGCAAAUUGACCAAGUCGAUUGGAUGUGCAAUGCGAGUGCCGGAUGUCGGAUCUUCCGUUGAGCAUUAUACCCAGUGCGUGAUUGAAGCACAGGACAACAUCGCCGAACGGGCUUCCACUCUUCUCGAAACGCUCAAAAAGUCGGAAAAAGACGAAGUCGUAAAAGUACCCCAAUUCAUUAUGAAAGCGGCGCCAACGAAUAGAAAGACAGAAGCAGAGAUAGCGGCGGCGAUGAAAACGUUCUCAGCCAACAUCGGAACCGUUUUGGCAGAGAAGUUCAGGGAACGAAGAGAGGAGGCCGCGCAGAUGAUAGUCCACGAAAAGCCGCAAAAGACGUACGGCAUAGGAGCGGACAAUUCGGUGGCGCCGUUCUCGACGAAGAUGAGAGUGAAGCAUCACGCAAUUCGGAAACGGACGGGCAUUGUGAUAGUGGACGACGAUGAGUCGGGCAGAAGAGAAUGGAGCAGUAUUGUGACGGAAACCGAGGAUGAGCAUCCAUACGUGGCUGAGUACGCCCACUUCACCGUCGCCGAGAAACAACUCAAAUCGGCUACGCCAAAGAAGUACAAACCUUUGAAAGACACUGAACUGACGAUGGUCGAUACCAAAGAGAGGUUGGAGGCGUUGAAAGACACUCUCAAUUCUGUCGAGGAGUUCGCUGUCGAUGUAGAGCACAACGAGAUGAGAUCCUACUUGGGACUGACGUGUCUCAUACAGAUUUCCACCAGAGACCAGGACUUUAUCGUCGAUCCAUUCCCCAUUUGGGAUCACGUCGGAAUUCUCAACGAACCAUUCGCCAAUCCGAAAAUUUUGAAGGUUCUCCACGGAUCUGACAACGAUGUUCUCUGGCUACAACGUGAUUUCGGUGUGCACAUUGUCAACCUGUUCGACACUUACGUUGCGAUGAAGAGAUUGAAGUAUCCCAAGUUUAGUCUCGCCUACCUCGUGCUCCGAUUCGCUGACGUCGUCCUCGACAAGCAGUAUCAGCUGGCGGACUGGAGAGCCAGACCGCUUCGGAAUGCAAUGCUGAACUACGCGAGAGAAGACACUCACUACCUGCUGUACCUGUACGAUAUGCUCAGAGAGGAACUACUUCGUCAAGAAGAAAAGGAAUUGGCAGAGGUGUACUCGGAGUGCACUGAUCUGUGCAUGCGAGUAUACAAGAAGCCAGUGUUCAAUCCGAAGGGGUACAUGACUGAUCUUAAGUUCCGAUUCACGCUGAACAGUCGGCAAGAUUACGCACUGACUCAUCUGUACCGAUGGCGGGAUCUCAUCGCGAGAGCUGAAGACGAGAGCCCGCAGUUCGUGCUGCCCAAUCAUAUGCUGCUCGCCCUCUCGGAGACUCUUCCCAGAGACGUUGGGGGUAUUUACGCGUGUUGUAAUCCAUUGCCUCACUUUGUGAAGCAGCGGACUGGAGAUAUAUUCAAGUGAGUUCACUGGUUCAGUUCAUUGGCAACCAUUACUGUCCAGAAUUAUCGUGGAGGCGAGAGAAGUGAAGUUGGAGAAGCUGGAACCGACUGCGAAGGAGGUGAAUGACGUGCAGGAGGCGCGCGGAGUGAUGAACGACACUAUGGAUCAUAUAACUUCCAUUCUGAGAUCGAAAAUUGACUUCUCGCACACGAGGUACGACGAAGAGAGAGGAGAAAUUGACAUCAACAAAGGCGAAGAAAGUGAAGAUGUGAAAGUGAAAGAGUACCAAGACUCACUGCUUUCCGUGCUUCAGCCGACGACGGUUGAGGUGAACGAGGAGAAGAUGGUUGUAGUUGAGAAGGGAAAGAAGGCCGACAGAAGAAAGAUUGCGAGACUUCUGAAUGAAUUGGAUUCAUUCGUGACGCCGUUCGAAUGUUAUCAAAUGAUGCUGAUCGCGAAACAGAAGCAGGAAGAAGAGGAUCGGAAAGAGGCGGAGAGAAAGAGAUUGGAAGAGGGAGACGCACCGAAAAAGAUGUUCUCGCAUCACGAUCCCACGGUUAACAGAAAUCCAGAAUAUGAUGAAAAGGUAAGAGGAUAAAGAUGGUUAUAGCAUUAGUGUUGAUAACUUCAGCUGCUGAACGUAGACACGAUCAAGGUUGGAUCAGGAAAGGAUACAUCGGCACAACCAGAUACCGAACCGCCCAUCUUCGAUUCAUCUCGUUUUACGGACGACCAGUUGAUGUCUAAGAAGGCGAUGAAGAGGAAGAGACAGAUGGCGCGAAGGAAUAUAGACGUGUCCGUUGUGCUAGGAGAGGGCAGUUCGGAGUCGAAGAAGCAGAAAACGGACGAAGAAAAACAGGAGGCCGUCCAAGAAGUCGACUAUAAACAAGAAGACAGUACUGCUUUCGGUGAGCAGGAAGAUUGGGUCCCAAUAAAAUAUUCGCAUUUCCAGAGAAACCAAUCAGAGACAACAACGCCGAUUUCGAUCCAUUCCAUCAGAAGUACCGUCUGAAGAAUAAGUCGAAGAAGAAUAUGACGAUGAAAAAGUCGUCGAACCGCCAGGGAACGAUCAACUACAAAAAAUAA